AUGUCCACCACUGGCUUCGCCAGAGCCUCUGGAGACGAUCCAUUCAACCUGAGUAUCGAGGAUGUCGGCAUCUUCGAAUCGUCUCCUUCGCCGUACCACGGCCGCUACCCCAGUGCUUCGCUGCACUAUGACGGCACCUGGUACUACGGGACAUAUGCUCUCGACAACGAGAACCACGAGCCCGGUGACGCACCCGAGGGUGCUGACAGCAAGGAGGCUGCUGGGAAGCUCCAAACGGCGGGCUACUGCGGCAACUGGUGUAUCCAAGGGCCCUUCGUCGGCUUCCGCUGGAGCCGGGAUGGAGGCAAGACCUGGGAAGAGCCUCGGAAGACGAUGGCGAACUACUCGGACAACCUGUUUGGCGAGGCAGCGCCGAACAAUCGCAGCAAGGUGAAGUUUGGGGCACCGCAUGUGGUCGACCUUGGCCAGAAUUUGGAGCACCAGCCGAAUGGUGCGUCUGAUCCAAGGCUCUAUCUCGUGGGACACGGGGCCUCGGCGCCGAUGUCUCCGACCUCCUGGAUGCAAGGCUCCGAGGUCUACCUGGCAAGAGGAAGGCCGGACGUAGAGCGCAUCAACGAUGCUGCUGCGUGGGAGUUCUAUGCUGGGAACGGCAGCUGGUCUCCUGGAGACGCCUCUCGCGCUAAGCCCCUGGUGUCAUGGGGCAAUCGCACUGGGGUCACCACCAUCACCUACAUUCCUGCGGUGAAAAGGUACAUCAUGUGCAUUUCAACACCCACCUUCAGUCCCUUCACAAAGAAGCAGUUCGACACGUAUCUACUGGAGAGUCCGAACAUUACAGGGCCAUUCCGCUACAUCAGCUACCUUCGGGAGUUUGGACCUGAAGCAUACUUCGUGAACAUUCCCAGCAAGUUCGUUGCGAAGUCCACGGGCUUAGAUGGCUCUCUUCGCCUCUUCCUGAGCUACUCCGCCAACUUCGCCUACCGUAGCCAGCCGGCGCCUGUGGGCAGCGGCUAUCACUGGACCCUGCAAGAAGUGGAGCUGAGAUUGGGCAAGAGCCAGCUUGUGGUUUAA